CAUUUGCCAACGUGGGAAAAUAAGUAACAAUAUUUUAGUUCAGCAAAGCAAAACAAUUCCAAUAGGCGGCUCUUUUUCUAAAGAAAAUCUGUUAAUUUAUUUAAAAUAUCCCCGAAAAAAUGUUUAAUUUAGGUUUCAUUGGUGGCGGGAAUAUGGCCACCGCAAUAGCUAAGGGAAUUUUAAAUGAUAAUGCUCAUCCAUCAUCAAAUAUGUGGGUGUCUGGACCCCGAUUACACAACCUGAGACAAUGGAGUGAAUUUGGGGCUAAUACCACAACGAAAAAUGGUGAAGUAUUUGCUAAUUGUGAUGUGGUGUUUCUGGGUGUUAAACCAAACAUGUUGAACACAGCUGUUGAUGAAUGCAUCAGUACUUUACCUAGUGGUAAAUCCAAACCAGUUCUGUUUAUAUCCAUGCUUGGCGGAGUUACUAUUGACCAAUUACAUAAGGCUCUUAAAUCCCUGAAUGUAAAUGUUAUCCGUAUCAUGCCGAACACACCAAUGAUGGUGGGGACGGGAGCAUGCCUGUACACUCCUGAUUCAACUGUUUCUGAGGAACAGUGUUUCUUGCUUGAAAAGCUGUUGAAUGGUUGUGGAUUGUGUGAGAAGGUGCCUGAGUACCUUAUAGAUUCCCUUGGGAGUUUGACAGCAUGUGGUCCAGCAUUUAUGUACAUAGUGAUAGAGGCCUUAGCUGAUGGAGCUGUGAAGCAGGGUGUUCCUCGUGAUACAGCUAUCCGCAUGGCUGCCCAAAUGGUCAAGGGCAGCGGGCAGAUGGUCCUGAAGGCGGGCAAGCAUCCUGCAAUCCUUAAGGACGAGGUGUGCUCUGCAGGAGGAUCCACUAUUUGUGGAGUGGCUGCCUUGGAACAGGGGAAGAUAAGGUCUACAUUGAUUGCCGCAGUUGAAGCAUCAACAUUGAGGAGCAGAGAGCUGGGAAAGAAGUAAUAGAAGAAUAAUGAUCUGAAUUAGUAUAAAUUUUAUUCUCACACUUAUAUAAUAUGGUUAUGUUAUUUAUUUUAUUUACACCAUGACAACUACAUUGAUAGUUUGUGAUCGAUAAGCGUCCUUUUAUCAACAAUAAAAUAGCACAUAGUUUUUUUAUCACUCAAUUCGCAGUAUUUAUGACUUAAUAUCUGCUGGAUUUAUCUGAUCUCGAAUUAUUGAUCAGAUAAGAUUCUUAGUAACAUUGACGAAAUCAAUUUGUUUU